GGGAUCAUAAUCUUCCAAGCCGUGCCCUUUGACAAUGGGAGUUCUCAGCAACCUUUCCGAGGACGCGAACCAGUUCUUCUCAGGCCUUGGGCAUCACAAACACCUGACCCCGCAGGCCGGAGCUACAUCCUUUGAAGAAGACAUCCCCAAAUGUUUCAAUCGUCAGGGCCAGGUGUGUAACAUGUCGGUGUUGCCGAUGAACAAAGAGAAAGAAGCACUUCUCGAUAAGCGAAUGGAGCGACUCCAGGCGGAUAUGCAGCUGCGACCGAAGAUGUUCCUUGGGAGCCAAGAUGUCACCAGCCAGAUGGAUCAGGCCAAUGAGAUGUCGAAGCAGGAAUUGAAGAAUAUGACCGAGAAGGUCGAGGUCUACGAACGAGCCCACCUGGACUUUGUGAAAGCAUACCUGGCCUACAAGAAAGAGUUGAUGAACUGGCAGUCUGGCGUUCGUGGCCUUGAAGAUGACUAUGCCUUGCACUGUCGACCGUUUCACGACGUGACCAUGGACUGCGAGAGGAAGUGGCGUUCUGCCAUGCGGAUGUGGGCGGCGCGUGAGCCCCUCCCUGAUUGCAUGGUUGGCGUGGUCACUCCAUACGUGCGCCAACCCAGGCCCCAAUCUCGGAGCUGGAAAGAAUGGCUAUUCUGAAUGUUCAAAA